CUUGAAGUUUCAAACGACGAUAAAAUUAUUCGUUAAAUUGACAUUUAGAAGAGUUAUUGUUGUAACAAAAAGUUAUCUUUUUAUAAGGCAAAAUUUCCUUUUACAAAAAAUUUAAAGAAUCAUAUUAUGAUUGUGUUAGAUCUUAGAAAUCAAAGGUGAAAAAGACAGAUGGUUCGAGAGAAAAGAAAGAGGUUAACGAGUGAGCAGGAAAGAGAUGACAAUAGGGAGCUAUAGAGAGGGAAACAAAAUGUCGGCAGAUUUCAAUAUGUUUACUAGCAAACGAUUACAUCCAACGUGACAUGCUUGACAUUGUACAAGAAAUGACUAAUGAAAUGGUAGAAAAGUUGUGGCGUGAUGGCCGUAUCUUUUAAUCGAUAUCUUAUUUUGCCGGAAAUCGAGAAAAGUGACUUCAAAAUAUCUCAAGAAAACAAGCAUAAAUACACGGAUGAAAAUACCACAAGAAAUUUAUCUAAUGAUCAAAAGACUUCCGUGAUACCGGCAACUGUACCUUUGUGUGUUCUGGGUGAUGUCCAGUUACGUUUCCUGUGUCCAGAUGAUUUGGAGGAAGUACGGGCACUUUGUCAAGAUUGGUUCCCCAUUGAUUAUCCUUAUUCGUGGUAUGAAGAUAUAACAAGUUCCUCACGGUUUUAUGCACUUGCAGCUGUAUAUGGUGGAGUAAUAAUUGGACUCAUUGUUGCAGAAAUAAAGCCUUAUGCUAAAUUGAACACAGAAGAUCGUGGUAUUUUGUGUUCAGGCUUAGGAAAUGAUUGCUUAGUGGGUUACAUUCUUAGCUUAGGUGUCCGUCGUGCAUAUAGAAGAAAUGGGAUUGCAUCAUUAUUAUUGGAACAAUUAUUAGCACAUGUCACUGCUCCAGAACGUUCUUCCGUAAAAGCAGUCUUCCUGCAUGUAUUAUCCAGCAAUGCACCAGCUAUAUUGUUUUAUCAAAGAUGUCACUUUCGAUUACAUAGUUUUUUACCAUAUUAUUAUGUAAUUCAUGGCAAAUGUAAAGAUGGUUUUACGUAUGUCCUCUAUGUCAAUGGGGGCCAUGCACCACGGGGUAUUCGUGACUGGUUACGUCAUAUAGCCAGUGCAAUGGCUAGUCUUGGACCUUGCAGAAUACCACGUUGGAUUUGGCAACGGCUUCUUUGGGUUACAACUAUUCUUUCAUAUCAUAGAUGAUACUUUUUGACAAAUACCAAUGUUAAACCAAAUACUCUUGUGUUUCUCUUAUGUUUAAAAAAAUGCAUAUAGCACAGAGUCUGCUAAUUUGAAUGUUAUGCCUACUUAAGCAAUGAAAUUAUUAGAUACAUAAUUGUUUUCACAACUUUAGGAGUAAAAUUAUUAUGAGAAAUAAUUUAUUGCUAAAAUGACAAUACUUAACUUAACAAAUAUCAAUUUUUAUUUAGUCAAGAGAAUAUUCAAAGAAUUUUAUUAUAUUUACUCUGACAGAAGUUAUAAAAUUUUAUAAUUCUUUCACCAUGGAUUAUAUCAUUAAAUGAUUUGAUAAUUUAAGGUUUAAGAUAAAUGACAUAAAUAUUAAGAAUAAAGCGAAAAAACUGCCAGAGCAUUUGAUCGGUUCAAAAUAUUUAUAUUCAAACAUCUUUUUGAAUACAAUUUUUGCAUGUUAAAAUGCAAUGUGUGAUUUGUAUUUCGUUGAAUAUAACAUUCAUAAAACAUUGAAAAAUAGAACUCAUUGCAGAGUAAAAUAAAGCAUUGGUGACGGGAUAAAACUGAGAAAUUUUGGAAACAUUUAUGACUAUUAUAGCUUUUUCUUAUAAUUUGUUAUAAUCGACUCAAUAUUUUCAUAUGCGUUAUUAUGUUGUUGAUUGAUAUGUAAUUUGCUACUCCCAACUCU